AUGUCGAAUCCAAUGUUUGACGACUUCAUCGAGCUCGACUUGCUCGACGCGUCUGACCCUGCAAACGCCAUGUUCGCCUCCUUCUAUCUCGGGGACACUGCCGACAUCGACGACUCUGACUACAACAUCGACAACAGCAACAACCUCACCUCCGCUGCUGCUGUCGAUCCUCUCCCCGUCGUCGCCACCACGGACUCAGAUACCACUGCUGAUUCUUCAUUGGGAUUGGUCAUCAAGCAGGAACCUUCGGACUCGCCGAUGCUCCUUAACCCCAUCCCUCUCAGCCCGCAGCAGACCCUCGCCUCGGACGAGUCACCGCUGAUCUUUGACACAGACAUGACCCUGAUCGCCCCUGAUCAGCUGACCAUCGCCCCCCAGGCCACCACCGUCUCGCCCUCUUCCCUUUCCUCCUCUACCUCGGCCACUAUCUCUACAGCAGCAGCAGCAAGUGCCUCUGCUACAACGACAACAACAACUCAGAGCACCGUUGCUAUCGACUCUUCAAAACUCCACACAUCCACAGCAACAGCAGCCUCCUCAUCAACAGCAAACAAAUCAACAUCAUCGUCCACCUCGACCGCCAAACGAACCAGCCCCGAACCCGCCUCCACUCCCGCCCGAAAGCACGCCAAGACAGAGUCCGUCUCUUCAUCAACGACAUCAUCAAAGGCCAAAUCGAGCUCCGCCUCGAAAAAGUCUUCAUCCUCCGCCUCCACAACUUAUAAUGCCGCAGCAACCACAAAAGUUUCCUCUGGUGCCUCCAAAUCCGCCGCCUCUACAUCCACAAGCGUAACCUCUUCCUCCACCACAUCAAGCAAGGGCAAGACACAAACACCCGAGCCAACACCCGAAUCCCUUACUUCGACCGCCAACACAACCCUCUCUGCUGCCACACUCCAAUUCUUGCUGCAACAGCAGGUCGAGACACCACUGAUCCCUCAGCUGUUCACGGGCAAGUUGUCUCGUGAAGAGAUCGAGGAGACUCUGGCUCGUCUGCUCGAGUCCACCAAGUACUUGAUCCCUUCUCCCGAUGAGGAGGCACUGGUCAAGAUCAAGGAGGAACCGGCGUCAGAGGACGAGUCUGAUAACGAAAUGGAGGGAGUCGAGCCCACGACAGAGGGGGCAGAGCCAUCCCAUGGCCUCAAGACUCAGCCAGGAAUUAAGACCGACGAUAUCCCUUCGUCUACAGAUUUGAAAAAGAUGACCUCGAAGGAGCGUAGACAGCUUCGCAACAAGAUUUCAGCCCGCAACUUCAGGGUCAGGAGAAAGGGUGAGUGGACAGGCAUUGACGUCGGUGAAAACCCCGUUUACUAUCUGGCCUUUGGAUCUAUCUAUCUAUUUGCAAGAGGGAGGGGGCAGAAGGGGAAAGGAAGAACAAGGAGAAGAUCAAGAUAUUGCGUGUUUGAAUCCAAGGGCAAGGGUGCAAAAGGCAAAGAAAAGCAUGGAGCGCUGCAAAGGCCCACCCCCUUUAUUUUUUGA